AUGUCUCGAAGCCAAAUCAAAACCAUGCUGAUCUGUUUCUUCGAUAUUAGGGGUGUUGUGCACAAAGAAUUUGUUCCACAAGGUCAACCAGUGACAGGAGUAUUUUAUAUUGAAGCAUUUAUCCAUUGGCUAAGUAGACAAGAAUGUCUGGUGAUCGAAGAAAGAUUUAAGUCAAAAGGAGGUAUUUCGGGUGUUAUUGGGGCUAUCGAUGGUACACAUAUAAAUGUAAAAGCUCCAUUGAAGCAAGCUGAUAGUUAUACUAAUCGUAAACUUAGUAAAAGUAUGAUUGUACAAGCAGUAUGCACAGAGGGAAAAAUACUCACCAAUAUUUCAGUAGGAUUUCCUGGCCGCAUUCAUGAUGCAAGAAUAUUGGUUAAUUCAGAAUUAUAUAAACAAGUAACCGAAAAUGGACCAAGUUCUCUAUUUUAUAAUAAAUAUCAUCUGUUAGGAGACACAGCAUAUCCUAACCGAGAAUGGUUAAUCACUCCAUUUAAAAAUUAUGGAAAUAUAACACGCCGAAAAACCAAAUUCAACUAUCUCCAUGCUAAAACUAGAGUUGCCAUUGAAUGUGCAUUUGGCUUAUUAAAAGGACGCUGGAGACGAUUAUUAUAUUUGAAUAAAACAAAGAUUGAAAAUGCUCCAAAAGUCAUCCUAACUUGUUGCUUUUUACAUAACUUUUGUUUGGUGAACAACGAUACAAUGAGUGCAGUUUUAACAGACUAA